UAUCCCCCCUUUGCUGUAUUCGCUCUUCAAUCUCCCAGAAAUGUCAACAAAAUGACAAUUUUUAGUGUGUACAUUAUUAACAAAGCUGGUGGCUUAAUCUACCAGUAUGACCAUAGUAUGCCACGUCCAGAGAAUGAAAAGACGUUUAGUUUUCCUCUUGAGCUGACCUUAAAAGUUUUUGAUGAGAAGAUUGUUGUGGCGUUUGGUGAGAGAGAUGGGAUAAAAGUUGGUCAUACACUGUUGUCUAUCAAUGGUAUCCCUGCAGAGGGAAAGUACCUACAAGAUGGAAGAGAUAUACUGGAGGUUCUAUCUGCCGAGGAAAAUUUUCCUAUCAGUAUUAAGUUUGGAAGACCAAAGUUAACAACCAACGAGAGGAUUAUGUUAGCUAGCAUGUUUCAUUCGUAA